AUGUUAUUAAGUGUCAUUAAACAACAGUCGGCUUUGGAAAUUGCAAACACAAACAACAUUGCGGUUGAUUUAAUGAGCUCGACUUCAUACGCUGUUAAAAUGGCUAAUCAAAAUGUCAACAUAGAUGAUAUUCAUAAUAUGAUUGAUGAUAUAGAAACUUCAAAAGAAUUAACUCAAGAUAUUACAGAAGCCAUUUGUAAUCCAACUAGAUUGGAAACUGAUAUAGACGAGGAAGAAUUACAAAAGGAAUUAGAAAAUCUUGAAUUAGAAAAAUUGGAUGAACAAUUAAUGAAUAUUGAUCCGGCGCAAGCUACAAGUUAUCCAAUACCAGUUGUGCCAAAAACCAAAAAAAAUACAAACAGACUAAAGAAUUCUAUUAUGACAUAA